CGAGUUUUUAAAAAAUGUUAAGAAGGCAAGCAAGACUGCGGAGGGAAUACCUGUAUAGAAAAUCUCUUGAAGACCAAGAGAGACAGACACUUGAGAGAAAGAGAAAGAUUAAAGAUGCAUUAGAUGCUGAUAAACCAAUUCCAACUGAGUUGAGAGGAGAAGCACUUCAUUUACAGAAAUCAUUGGAAUAUGAUGAUGAAGGUGGAGAAGGAGUUACAUCUCAUGUGGAUGAUGAGUACAGAUGGGCUGGAGUGGAAGAUCCCAAAAUUAUGGUAACAACAUCCCGAGAACCUAGUUCGAAACUUAAACGUUUUGCAAAGGAAAUGAAGCUGACGUUUCCUACCGCACAGAGAAUGAAUCGUGGUCACUACGAGGUAUCUCACAUAGUCCAAGCAUGUAGAGCCAAUGAUGUCACAGAUCUCAUUGUAUUACAUGAACAUAGAGGGGAACCUGAUGGGAUGAUAAUAUGUCAUUUACCGUACGGACCUACAGCGUAUUUUACACUAUCCAACACAGUAAUGCGUCACGAUAUACCCGAUAUCGGCACAAUGUCAGAAGCGUAUCCACAUCUUAUAUUCCAUAAUUUUAAUUCUAAGCUAGGUGAAAGGAAAAUGAAUUUAUAUGAAAUCAAAUUAGGAACACUAGAGGAAGCAAGCACGGCAGAUAUUGAAUGGAAAUUGAAACCAUAUAUGAACACUGCAAAAAAAAGGAAACAUUUAACUAAAGAUUGACAGUACUAUAUUAAAUAUGAAUUCUUUGUAUUUAUAUAUUGUUAAAAAUAAAUCUUUGUAAAGAUGACAAAACAUGUAUGUAUUUUGUUUGCGAUUGUUUUAACCAGUUCUUGUUGUGAUCACAUGAUUGAGAAAAUGGUAUGUUUAAACUCGUCCAGAAACUGCAGAGAUACGUUAGAUUUGGCAUCAUGUCAAGUCAAUUUGUAUUAAAAAUUAUUAUUUCAUCCUUUCCUAGUCUUGACAACAUCAACGAGAGACCACCUGUGCCAACUUUAUUAUACUGUAUCAAGUUCCCAUGCAACUUUGAACAUUGAAUGAACUGUACCGGUAGAUGCUGUGUUCUAAAAAUCUAGUAGAAAAUACAAUCACAAAAACGUUGGAAAUCAAGAUCAAUUUACGUGAAUAAAGUGAAGUAACGUCUGAAGACUGAACGGGGCCUGGUUUUAGUGUUGAGCAGAGCGGAUCAGCCUACCGACUUGUUUUAAAUAUUCCUGUAUUUAACAAGACAUGAAUGUCACAGUCCCCGUUAUUUGAUUAUAAAGUAUCUGCAAACAGGUGAAUGAAUAUGUACUCUAUGUGGGUACAACUCAUCUUGAAGUGAUUUCCCAUAAUCUAGUUUUGUACUGACUAAAAACUUCCACUGACCCACUAUUUGUCAUACAUAUAUACUUGCUCAAGAAAAGAUUCAUAAAUCUGAGUGAACCUUG